AUGGCAACUCUCGCAACAGCACCCACCGCCGCCAUGGUGCCUCGCGUGCCCAUUCCCCCCAAAGGCGUCGACUACCGCAACAAGAUCGUGCUGGCGCCCAUGGUCCGCUCCGGCGAACUGCCCUCCCGCCUCCUAGCCCUAAAAUACGGCGCCGACCUCGUCUGGGGCCCCGAAACAGUCGACAAAUCUCUCAUCGGCGCCGAACGCCGCAUAAACCCCCGCAACGGCACAGUGGAGUUCACCCGCAUGCCCAGCAACGGCGGGCGCCCCGACAAAGCAGUCAAAGAAUCCAUCAUCUACCGAUUAGACCCGGUGCGCGAAAAGGGCCGUCUCGUCUUCCAAAUGGGAACCGCGAACCCAGAUCUCGCGGUCCAGGCAGCCCGCGUCGUGGCGGCUGAUGUCUCAGGCAUUGAUGUGAACUCGGGGUGUCCGAAGCCGUUCUCAACGCACAGCGGAAUGGGCGCUGCGCUAUUGCGCACGCCGGAUCUGCUUGUAUCGAUUCUUGAGGCUCUCGUUAAGGAAGUCGGCGAACCGUUCCAGAUUGGCAUCUCGGUUAAAAUUCGUAUCCUCUCCGAUCCGGAAGAAACAAAGACUCUCGUCUCCCGUCUUGUGAAGACAGGUAUCACGGGUCUGACAGUCCACUGCCGGACGACUCCCAUGCGGCCCCGUGAACGCGCAAUCCGCGACCAGCUCCGCAUGAUAGCUGAGAUAUGCCAUGAAGCCGGCGUAGCAUGCGUUAUGAACGGCGACGUAACCUCCCGCGACGAGGGAUUGGCGCUUAUGACCGAGUACGGCGUCGACGGCGCCAUGAUUGCGACGGCGGCUGAGUCGAAUUCAUCCUGUUUCCGCACCAAGGCGGACGGCGGUCUCGCGCCGUGGCAGGAGGUUGUUCAUGAGUAUAUGUGUCUCUGCAUGGAGGUCGAGAACCGUAUGGCGAAUACGAAGUAUCUACUCAAUAACCUGAUUCCCGGGAAGAACAAGGAAUUCAAUAAUGCGAAGAUGGCAAAGACGUACCUCGAUAUCUGUCGGGCGUUGAAAUUCGACGAUCUGCUGCCUGCUGCUGUGCGGACGGAUGAGUUGCUGGGUCUUGCGGAGAAGUGGGAGAAAGCGCCUGAUCAGCCGGCUGACGUGCAGAGCAAGGAGACUAAGACUAAGGCCGUGCGCGAUGCUAUGGAGUCGGAGUCUGCGAGGGCGGCAGGUGGUGCUGGUGGUCGUGUUAAGGCUGCCGCGCCGGUUGCGCAUGCCGGUGGCCCUGUUCGGCGGGCUUCUGCGCCAAGGCCGAAGGUUGCUGCUGUUAAUGCUGAGCAGCCGGCUGUUGAGGCUACUGCUUCGCAGACGCAGACGCAGACCCAGGUGACGGCCUGA